AGUGAAAGGAAGUUAGUUGAAUGCAUGCAUGCCUUUGCUAAAUACUUUCUAAAACCUAAAGGAAAUGGACUACUAUACUUGAAAUUGCAAUUCAACCAAAUCUACUGUAGGCUACAAUGUCACGAACGAAUGCCCUCUCUCUAAUGUAGGCUAGAUGAUUGUUUACUUUGUAAUAUUCGCACUUCCGCACGCGUAGCCUACAUCAAUCAAGAUACAAUAUAGCCAAAAUGACCGCUACCUAUAAUCGAUAUCAUUAUCGUUAAACGACGUAAUUUUGGCGGUUAUCCAAACCCAGUUUGACUUAGAUCGAUUGUCUUACUGGAUACAUGAUUACGUUGCAUUGAAUCCAUUUGAAACGACAUGCAAAGUGGGGACUCGCGAGGGGAUUGAAUCCCCCCACCCCUCAUACCCUGGUGUAACCUCAAUUUCUUUGGACUUGCUUGGGAAAAUGGGCAAAGCGACAGGCUGGUGGUGCACACAGUGGCAUUGCUACUUGCAGCACUGCUCACGACUAGUAAAAGUGGUAACUAGGGGAGCAUGCCUAACUAGUUGUGGUGAAAAUUAUGGGAUGGAUUGUCAUGGCAACAGACCAGACGUCACAAUUUGGGCAUGUGUUCCAUUUUUGUCUUUCUUAUUUUCAGACUGGAGGACUUAGAUAGUGAAGAGUGGAAAAGGAAACAGAUUUUUUUCCUACAAAAAGAAGGAAGCCAUCUUUCUUGAAAAUAAAUUGUAUUUACACAAGUAUCAUACAAUUAUUUUCCGGGAGGCACGAAGAGGUGAACAGUGGCAUUUUCAGGGUUAACUUUCAGAGAGGUUUUUUUUGUAUGCGAUAAAGAUGCCUGGGUCGUUAAGCAAUGAAGACGAGGGACAAGACGACAUGGAUUUUGAAGACGAGAUACCAGAUGAGGAUGAGGAGGGUGAACACAACACUGUCCCGCUCACACCUCUGGACAGCUUCUUCUCUGACGACGACUCCCUCAAACAACAGAAGAAGAAGAAACCUAAAAAGAUGAAGGAGGGCAAGAUGCCCAAAGUCAAGAAGAGGAAAAAGGAGGGAGGAGGAGGUGGUGGAAUAGGAGUUGGUGGCAAUGACCUGGAGGAGCAGGCCUCAGAGCGGGAGGAUGACCAUCCACUGCAACGUCCAGAGAUUGGCUCCGAGAGCGAGAGCAGCACCUACGCCCCCACCACAAAGAAGAAGAAGAAGAAACCCAAGGAGAAGAAAGAGAAGAAACCCAAACGGAAGAAGAGAGAAGAGGAGGAGGAGGACGAUGACGAUGAUGACGACGACGACGACGACGAUGAUGAUGAUGAUGAUAAUAAUAAGGAGCCCAAGUCAUCCAGCCAGCUGAUGCAGGAGUGGGGUCUGGAAGAUGUGCAGUAUGGCUUCACAGAGGAGGACUAUAGAACCCUCACCAACUACAAGGCUUUCAGCCAGUUCCUCAGGCCACUUAUUGCCAAGAAGAACCCUAAGAUCCCCAUGUCAAAGAUGAUGACAGUGUUAGGGUCCAAGUGGCGCGAGUUCAGCGCCAACAACCCCUUCAAAGGCACCUCCGCAACCGCUGUGGCUGCCGCGGUGGCUGCUGCUGUGGAAAUGGUCACUGUGGCCUCGCCCAUCUCUGUCAAAGAGGUCACUACCCUACCAAGCUCUCAGCCUGGGCCAAUCAGAAAAGCCAAAACCAAAGAUGGAAAGGGGCCUGGGGUAAGACGGAAAACAAAGACUGUAAAGGAGGUGAAGAAGAAAAGUAAAGGGAAGAAGACCAAAUCAAAGAAGAAAGCAUCCUCGAGUGAGGAGGACUUUGGGCUGGAGGAGUCGGACUUUGAUGAUGUCAGCAUCCACAGUGCCUCGGUGCGCUCUGAUACCUCGGGGAAUGCCAAGAAGAAAAAAGCCCGGAAGGGUCGGAAAAAAAGGAAAAGAGAGGAUGGGGACGGCUAUGAGACAGACCACCAGGACUACUGUGAGGUGUGCCAGCAGGGAGGGGAGAUCAUCCUGUGUGACACCUGUCCCAAAGCUUACCACCUGGUGUGUCUGGACCCCGAGCUGGAGAAGGCCCCCGAGGGCAAGUGGAGCUGCCCCCACUGUGAGAAGGAGGGCAUCCAGUGGGAGGCCAAAGAUGAUGAUGAUGAUGAGGAGGAGGUUGCGGUUGAGGAAGAGGAUGACCACCUGGAGUUCUGCAGAGUGUGUAAAGAUGGAGGGGAGCUGCUGUGCUGUGACACCUGCCCCUCCUCCUACCAUAUCCACUGCCUCAACCCUCCCCUGCCUGAGAUACCCAAUGGGGAGUGGCUGUGCCCACGCUGCAUGUGCCCACCUCUGAAGGGGAAGGUACAGAGGAUUCUCCACUGGACUUGGGGGGAUCCCCCCUUACCCAUGGAGGUGCCCCCUGGCCCUGAUGGAGAGAUGGUGGACCCGCUGGUCAAGCCCCCCCUGAAGGGCCACCCGGAGAGGGAGCUGUUUGUCAAGUGGGCUGGUCUCUCCUACUGGCACUGCUCCUGGGUCAGCGAACUACAGUUAGAGCUGUACCACGCGGUGAUGUACCGUAACUACCAGCGGAAGAACGACAUGGACGAGCCCCCUCCAUACGACUACGGCUCUGGGGAGGAGGAGCUGAACAACGAGAAGAGGAAGAGUAAAGACCCGCAGUACGCUGCCAUGGAGGAGAGAUUCUACCGCUACGGCAUCAAGCCAGAGUGGAUGGUCAUCCACAGGAUCCUCAACCACAGUUAUGAUAAGGAUGGAGAUGUGCACUACAUGAUCAAGUGGAGAGACCUGCCCUAUGACCAGUGCACCUGGGAGGUGGAUGACUUUGACGUCCCUGAGUAUAACCACAGCAAACACUCCUACUGGGACCACAGGGAGCAGAUGAUUGGUGAUGACCAGCGCCCCUUAGUGGUGAGAAAGGGAAAGAAGGGUAAAGAGGAGGAGAAGAGGAGGGAGAGAGAAAUCCCCCCUGAUGCCCCAAUUAUAGAUCCUACCAUCAAGUUUGAACAUCAACCCUGGUACAUCAAUGCCACUGGGGGCACCCUGCAUCCGUACCAGCUGGAGGGUCUGAACUGGUUACGGUUCUCCUGGGCACAGGGCACAGACACUAUCCUGGCAGACGAGAUGGGCCUGGGCAAGACUGUCCAGACCAUCGUGUUCCUCUACUCACUCUACAAGGAGGGUCACUCCAAAGGGCCAUACCUGGUCAGUGCUCCCCUGUCCACCAUCAUCAACUGGGAGAGGGAGUUUGAGAUGUGGGCCCCAGACUUCUACGUGGUCACUUACACUGGGGACAAAGAUAGCCGAGCGGUCAUCAGGGAGAACGAGUUCACUUUUGAGGACAGUACAGUCAAGACAGGCCGCAAGGUCUUCCGUAUGAAGAAAGACAGUGCCAUCAAGUUCCAUGUGUUGUUGACAUCAUAUGAGCUGAUUACCAUUGAUCAGACCAUUCUGGGCUCCAUUAACUGGGCCUGUCUAGUGGUGGACGAGGCCCACAGACUGAAGAACAACCAGUCAAAGUUUUUCAGAAUCCUCAACGGUUAUAAGAUCUACUAUAAGCUGCUACUGACUGGCACUCCUCUGCAGAACAACCUGGAGGAGCUGUUUCACCUGCUCAACUUCCUCACCCCAGAGAGAUUUAAUAACCUGGAGGGCUUUCUGGAGGAGUUUGCAGACAUCUCCAAGGAGGACCAGAUCAAGAAGCUGCAUGACCUGCUGGGCCCACACAUGCUCAGGAGACUGAAGGCUGAUGUCUUCAAGAACAUGCCUUCCAAGACAGAGCUCAUUGUACGAGUGGAGCUCAGCCCCAUGCAGAAGAAGUACUACAAGUUUAUCCUGACACGGAACUUUGAGGCGCUCAACUCCAAAGGCGGGGGCAACCAGGUGUCCCUUCUCAACAUCAUGAUGGACCUGAAGAAGUGUUGCAACCACCCCUACCUGUUCCCAGUGGCAGCCAUGGAGGCGCCAGUGUUACCCAAUGGCUCUUAUGAUGGGAACCAGCUGGUCAAGUCCUCAGGCAAACUCACCCUGCUCCAGAAGAUGCUGAAGAAACUCAAAGAUGAAGGACACAGAGUUCUCAUCUUCUCCCAGAUGACUAAGAUGCUGGAUCUGCUUGAGGAUUUUCUGGAAUACGAGGGCUACAAAUAUGAACGCAUCGACGGAAGCAUCACAGGGGGGCUACGACAGGAGGCUAUCGACCGCUUCAAUGCACCGGGUGCACAGCAGUUCUGCUUCCUGCUCUCCACCCGAGCGGGAGGCCUGGGCAUCAACCUAGCCACGGCAGACACUGUCGUCAUCUACGACUCAGACUGGAACCCUCACAAUGAUAUCCAGGCAUUCAGCAGGGCCCACCGUAUAGGUCAGAACAAGAAGGUGAUGAUCUAUCGCUUCGUGACACGGGCCAGCGUGGAGGAGCGCAUCACCCAGGUGGCCAAGAGGAAGAUGAUGUUGACCCACCUUGUGGUGAGGCCCGGCCUGGGCUCCAAGACCGGCUCCAUGUCCAAACAGGAGCUGGACGACAUCCUCAAAUUUGGCACUGAGGAGCUCUUCAAGGAUGAGAUGGAGGCGGCCGCUCGGGCCAUGGGUUCCCACCAGAAACUGUGGGACAUAAAGGAUGGAGAUGAGGGCAGUGUCAUUCACUAUGAUGACAAUGCCAUCUCCAAGCUGCUGGACCGUAGCCAGAAUGCUACGGAGGACACUGAGAUCCAGAACAUGAACGAAUACCUCAGCUCCUUCAAGGUGGCCCAGUAUGUUGUCAAAGACGAGGACGUUGAGGAGGAGCCCCAGCGGGAGAUCAUUAAGCAGGAGGAGAAUGUGGAUCCAGACUACUGGGAGAAGCUGCUGAGGCACCACUAUGAGCAGCAGCAGGAGGACCUGGCCCGCAACCUGGGCAAAGGCAAACGCAUCCGCAAGCAGGUCAACUACAACGACACGUCUCAGGAGGACCAAGAGUGGCAGGAUGAUCUUUCAGACAAUCAUUCCGAGUACUCCGUGGGGUCCGAGGACGAGGACGAAGAUUUCGAGGAGAGGCCGGAAGGUGGGCGCAGGCACUCUCGCAGACAGCUGAAGAGUGACAGGGACAAACCUCUGCCACCCCUGCUGGCACGCGUAGGGGGCAACAUCGAGGUGCUGGGGUUCAACACCCGUCAGCGGAAGGCCUUCCUCAAUGCUAUCAUGCGCUGGGGCAUGCCUCCUCAGGACGCCUUCAACUCUCACUGGCUGGUCAGAGACCUGAGAGGGAAGAGUGAGAAAGAGUUUAGGGCCUAUGUGUCCCUGUUCAUGAGACAUCUUUGUGAGCCGGGGGCAGACGGGGCGGAGACCUUUGCAGACGGUGUCCCACGAGAGGGGCUGUCUCGCCAACAUGUCCUCACCAGGAUCGGAGUUAUGUCUCUGGUCAGGAAAAAGGUCCAGGAGUUUGAGCAUGUCAAUGGAAAGUACAGCACUCCAGACCUGAUCCCACUUGGACUAGAGUUGAAGAAACUGACUGAGAGUCUGUCCUCUGACCCCAACACCCCUGUCCCUGCCAGCCCUGCAGCCACACCCCAGCCUCCUGGCACUCCUAUCCCACCAGAGAAGAUGGACUCAAUCUCAGGGCCUACUGAAGACAAGGAGACCACAGAAUUAGAGUACAAGAAGCUACCAGAACUGGAGACUAAUCUAAGUACAGAGUCAUCUUCCCAGGUAGAGAAGACAGACAAGGCUGCUGACAGUGAUGAGACAGUGAAGGGCAGUACAGAGGACAAACCAGUCUCCUCAGAGGAGGGUAGUGAAAGGACAGACACACCCUCCACACUUCCAGAGCCAUCCACCAAUCCUAAAGAGCCUCCAUCCAAACAGACAGAGCUGUCGUCCAAUCAAAGCUCACCAAAAGCGGAGCCUUGUAGAGAGACAGAGAAGUCUUUAGAUAAAGGAGACAGUGAUCCUGCCCCAGCCAAACCUGAGGAGAAGGAACUGAAGCCAGUUGUUUCAGACGAGGCCAAGAGCGAGGACUUGCUCGUGCCCGACGGACGGCUGAAUGGAGAAAAAGAAGCACAGGAGGAGAUGGAGGAGGUCAGGAGGGAAUUACUGGAGAAGAAUGGUUUCAAGAUGAGGUUCAUGUUCAACAUUGCCGACGGAGGCUUCACAGAGCUGCACACCCUGUGGCAGAACGAGGAGCGGGCUGCCGUGUCAUCUGGGAAGAUGUAUGACAUCUGGCACCGUCGCCACGACUACUGGCUACUGGCUGGCAUCGUAACACAUGGCUAUGCCCGCUGGCAGGACAUUCAGAACGAUCCACGCUAUGCCAUCCACAAUGAGCCCUUCAAGACUGAGAUGCACAAGGGAAAUUACCUGGAGAUGAAGAACAAGUUCCUGGCUCGUCGCUUUAAGCUGUUAGAGCAGGCUCUGGUGAUAGAGGAGCAGUUGAGGAGGGCAGCGUACCUGAAUAUGACCCAGGACCCCAGCCACCCGGCCAUGGCCCUGAACACUCGCUUUGCUGAGGUGGAGUGUCUGGCAGAGUCUCACCAGCACCUGUCCAAGGAGUCUCUGGCUGGAAACAAGCCAGCCAACGCCGUGCUGCACAAAGUACUGAACCAGCUGGAGGAGCUGCUGAGUGAUAUGAAGGCAGAUGUGACGCGGCUUCCCAACAUGUUGUCCCGGAUCCCCCCAGUGUCUUCGCGUCUGCAGAUGUCUGAGAGGAGCAUCCUCAGCCGCCUCACCAGCCGCGGCAACGAACCUCCGCCCCAACAGCCGUUCGGCCAGAGCUCAUUUGCCUGUUCCCAGAUGUACAGCACUGGCUUUGGGGGCAGUUUCCGGGGGCCUGCAGGUGAGGCCAUGGUCAACUAUAGCCAGAUGCCCCUGGGACCCUAUGUCAGUGUGUCCAACGGCCCCCCACCCCCGUCCAGCCACCUGGACAAGAAAUCCUGCGACCCGCUGAGGGACGUCACCACCCCUGACCUCAAGUCAGGCAAGCCCAGUGAUGUCAUCUGUAUUGAAGAUUAGAUCAGCUACCCCAAAAUUGAUCUGGAGUCAGCCAAGCCCAGGGAUGUCAACUAUUAUAUAAAUGAUUACAGAAUCUUCGCCCCCCCCUUCCUCAUCCUCCCCUCCUGCAAGAAGCUCUCUGUCUAUUGAUCAGAGGAUAAACCUAGGAAUAAUACACAGAUGUAUUUAUCUAUCAUAUCAAUUGCACUUCUAUCUUUCGAGGAUUCUUCAACAUACUUCAUGCAGUAGCUAUUUGCUUUUAUGACUUAGGUUGGUGAGUCAAGCAGAGGAACUGUCUAUUAGGAUGUGAGAGUCAAACGACCUCAGACGCCCGGCUUCUGCUAACUGACACGUGGAAGGGAAGUGAUCUUAUAGAAUGACUGGAACCGCCCUGUCUGAAGGGGAAAGUAUUGGCUACAGGAAGAGCUGCAAAAAGUGAAAGUACACAUGGUGGAUGAGCCGGUGGAGGUGCCAAUGCUCUGGAGCUGCUGUAAUGAGAAUCAUCUGUGUCUAUUCAUUGACUUUAGGCCUGGCUCUGCUCCUUCAUUCUGGGUCUUUUCCUUCUGCGUUCAUCUUUUGCCUAUUCUUUGUGCAUCGGGACCGACCUCUGCUGGAGCAGUGUGCUUUAGCUACGUACACAUAGAAGGAAAAUAGAACUAUGAAGGCAUAAGGCUCCCAUCCUAGAAUUAUAGAGAUCAUAAGUGGGUGCUGAUACGGCAGCCAAUUCUCUCAUUUUGUUUACUACGUGUUUUUUUUAAUAGUUUUAUGGCAGAGCCUUGAGUUGGAACUUGUAAGAAUAAGAGUGACUUUAAGGAAGUACAGCUACACUAUGCCUCAACCCCUAAAGACUGCCAUCUCCCGCCUCUGGAGAAAGUGAUCCUAGUUACAGAGCUGCAUUAGCUAUUAAUAUACAGGGGUUCUCCCUUGUAAUGUACAUAGUUCAAGAGACUGCUGUUUAUUUUGCCUUGCAUAAUCAUUGUGAAUUUGAUGUAUACAUGCAUAAAACUGUAACAGGCUGGAUUAGUGCAAAAAGUGAAGAUCACAUAGCCUAUUUCAGCAAAUGAUACGGAACAUGUAUUUCUUUAAUAUUUGAAUGUGAUUAUUGGCCAAACUCCGGGGCCAUGAAUAGUGUGUGCUAUAAACAGAAUCUCCUCCUGUCUGUCAUAUGGUUGGGAUGUCAAGCUAAUUGUGUGCUGGACAUGGUGCUGGAUGGGAGUAAUUAUGUUGCCUUUAACACAUAUAGUUAUUGUGUUAUAGUUCCCCAAAGCACCUCCUUCCCUCCCUCUUCCAUUGUGAGAAAUUAAAAACUAAAAAGUGCUUAUGACACUACGUCACCUUUUGGCCUAGGUUUCAUGUUUGCCAUGAAAUGUGCGUUAUUGUGUGUGCUUCUUUUUAAGGUAAAGUGUUAUUUCAGAAUGUACUGCUUUAGUGGCACUUAAAACUUCUUAUGGCUGCAAUCCCGGUAACGGGAUCGAUAUGACAACAGCCAGUGAAAGUGCAGGGCGCCA